GCGCCGCUCCACGCGCUGUUGUUGUGAUUGACAGACAGGAGUCAUGUUAAAGUUUCGAUUUCCCGUCCUCCUUCACAAAAAUGCCAUAAUCACCUGAUCAGGAUGUCCGAUAUUCUUAUGAAGGAGAUGGAGAGUCUGUCUGUCAUCCCCCUGAAGCCCGAGGAGAGGUUAGGCGGCGACGGGAGCUUCCUUUUGGUGGACGAACAAGAAAACCUCCAGGUCCGAGAUGAGUCUGAGUUUCUGGACAGACUGGGCUGUGGAGAUGUGGCAGGAGUCAAAGUACUGUCAAUCUUUGGCAACACUGGAGAUGGCAAGUCCCACACGCUGAACCACAUCCUGUUUGGAGGCAGAAGUGUGUUUCUCACCUCCAAGUCUCCCAGCUCCUGCACUGUGGGCGUGUGGGCCGCCUUCGACCCAGCCCUCAAUCUGGUGGCUCUGGACACAGAGGGGCUGCUGGGAGCUGCUGCAAACCAGAACCAAAGGAUGAGGCUUCUGCUAAAGGUGCUUGCAGUGUCAGACAUUGUGGUUUACCGAACUCGGGCUGAGCGUCUUCACAACGACAUGUUUCAGUUCCUGAGCAGUGCGUCAGGCGCCUACCUCAAACACUUCACCCCAGAACUGAGAGCCCUGUCCAGUCGCUGCGGCCUCGACGUGCCUCUGUCCUGCCUGGGACCAGCCGUCAUAGUGUUUCAGGAGACCACGCAUACGCAGCUGCUUGGACAUGACUCCAAAGUGCCUGGUCACGCCGACACACUGCUACAGAAGCGUUUCCAUGACCUGGGUUUGGGCACUGAGGCCUUUAGCUCAGUGCAGUAUGUGGGCGCUCAGACGAUAGCGCCCCCUACAGAUUACAGCAGGCUACUGGAGGCUGUGACUCAACAAGUGAAAAACACUCACACUCGCUCCCCUCGGCAGCCUGGGAUAGUGUUUCGGGCUCUGCAAGCCUUGAGCGAGCGUUUCUGUGGAGAGCUCUCUGAUGAAAAAAUGACCUUGUAUUCGUUCUUUCCUGAUGAGUACUUCACCUGCUCUGCUGUUUGCCUCAGCUGCAAUAUUCGGUGUAAAAACGGGAUGAACCAUUUGCGAGACCGGGUCCCUCACAUGGCAGAUGGACUGUGUCAGUACGCCCACCAGUUCAACAACAAGGUCCUCAUCUGUAAGAGAUGUUAUGAAGCAGGCAGAGAGGUGAUUGUUGUGCCGAAAACCUCAGCAUCGGGGGACAAUCCGUGGUUUGGACUGGCCAAGUACGCCUGGUCAGGUUAUGUGCUGGAGUGUGCGAGUUGUGGAGUGAUCUACCGGAGCAGACAGUACUGGAUGGGAAACCAAGACCCAGAGAGCGGCGUGGUCAGGUCGGAGGUCAAACAUGUGUGGGAGGGGACCGACACAUUUUUGACAAACCACCAGAAUGCAGCUCAGAGAGUUCUGGACGGGAUGAACUUUGUGAUCCAGUCUGUGUCUGAAUACAGCACAGGUCCCACUAAAGCCGUCACAGCCUGGCUCACAGAUCAGGUGGCGCCGCCCUACUGGAGACCCAACAACGACAUCACUGUUUGUUACGGCUGUCAGAAAGUGUUUGAGGAGAUGGAGAGGAAACACCACUGUCGCUCGUGUGGGGAGGGCUUCUGUCACCCCUGCUCAAGCCACAGGAUGCCCGUCCCGGAGAGAGGGUGGGGCAGCGGGCCGGUGCGGGUCUGCCAGUCCUGCUACAGACAGGGAGGACCGGCCGACACCAGCAGCCAGGUGUGUAAAGUGGAGCCUCGGGGCCUGAUCGCUCGCAGAGUCACAGAAGUGGCUCAGUCCACACUCGACAUGGUGUCUACAGCUGUGGAUUAUCCCCUCUGUUUUGUGAAAGAAGUAGCGCGCCCCGACUACUGGAUCCCGGACGCUGACAUCACCCAGUGCCACCAGUGCUCCAAAGUUUUCACCCCCAUCAUGUCCAAGCACCACUGCAGGGCGUGCGGGCAGGGUGUGUGUGGUCCCUGCUCCACCCACUUCAAACCUGUCCCGUCUCGAGGCUGGGACCACCCUGUCAGAGUCUGCGAUAACUGCCACGCUCGACCCGAAGCUCUGUGAGGGGAGCGAGGAAGGGGGGGACAUCGUGAGUUUAAAGUGCGGUCAGUUGUCCCGGGACAGAGUGUGAAACAAGGGAACUGACGAUGUAGCAACAAUCAAUGAAAAACGACAACGGGAUUACAAGGAAUUUUACAGAAAAGGUGCACUGUGUGACUUUUACACCGUUGCUUUUGCUUGAAAUGUGUUCCCCAUUACGUCUUUAAACUACAGGUGUAUUUAUCGCUUAAAAACAAGGUCAAAACGUGUAUUCUAACUGUGAACGGGGUCAAUUCUCCACAGAUACGGCCUGCAACUUGGCUUUUCUCUAUGGUGUUUUCCAUCAAUAACAAAUCCAUGGAGACAAGCUAAUAAGAAAAGUUACACAGUGCACUUUUAACAGAAAACCACUAAAGGAAACGCGUCUUUGUUUGAUGGACAGAAUAAUAGGAAGAACUUGUUAUUUGAAAUAUAAAUUACAAGUAACUUUUAAGCAUGGAUGUAGAAGUUUCUUUUGCACAACCCAGCAGUGGCCUUUACUGCAACGGACUAUCAACAGAGAAUAUAAGGGAUUAACUAUAAGAAUUAGACCCAGUUCAAGCCUGAUUCAUGCAUAAACUCUUCUCGUCUUAAUACCAAGUCGGCAGUUCACAUGGUAAGUAUCAAUGUGCAGAAAUAAUAGUACGUGUCUCCUAUUGUAAACAGAUAAUUAACUUGACCGAUGUAUGGAAAGUUAUUUUAUUAUUUAGAGACUCAUCUGCAUUUAUUUUAUGAUGUGUCUUAGUCUGGGUGAAAAUCAAAUACUUAAAAUCAUUUUCUGUGAGUUUUAUGCAGCUGGCCUGAAUUUAAGAUUUGUAAAGCUAAAAACCAACCAAUCAGUGAGCAGGACACUAGUCAUGUGACAUCACUGUGGCCUUACGCUUCCUGGUUUUACCCAUACAGCGGCAAACGCGCGUCAUUUCCUCUUAGAGAUAAGUGGUGCUGUUGUUUUUUCCACCCGUGCGAUUACAUCCGUGGUCCUAUCAUCUGACUAUAUUAGACUAAACGUAGAAUUAUGCAUCAGAAAGACUUGAGCUGCAAAUACUGUGCCUUUUUUUAAAUAAUUUAGGUUUUCCUCUGGUCUCAAAGGUUGUUUUUAUUCACUGAGUGCUUUAUUACAGCGUUUAAACAGAAUAAUAUUUAGCUCUACACAUUCCAAUGUAGUGAAAUCCUGGUACGUGCACAGGCUGUUCUCUCUGAGGUUAUUCGACGGAGCAGGCUCUAUCUACGGUUUCACUUAAUAUAAUGGGAGUCUUAAAGGAUUAAAGUUGCAAUUUGCUCGUAUCACUUACACUGAACGUACAAUUUAAAUUUCUAUUAAGAGGAAGUGAGUUUUAGAAUUGCACUUUUAUUACCUGAACUGGAUUUUUGAAUUGAAUUUUUUAUUUACAGAGUAUUUUGAAAUCAUGUUUCAAAAUAGGGUUCCGUUCAAUAAAUCCAUCUAUAACUGG